AUGGAGAACGAAGCAGGCAUCCACCAGUGUCCUCUCUGCAAGAAGACCUUUCCUCGAGAGUCUACACGCAAACGCCACUACUACUACUGCCGCACCAGGCUGGCCGAUGCCGGCAGCUCGCGCAGGAGAUCAUGCACCACGUGCAUACGUGCCAAGACGCGUUGCAUCCGACCGUCCGAUGCGGGCAAUGCUGCUUGCGUCCGGUGUGCCGUCCGUGGGAUCGAGUGUGAUCUCAGUACCGCUUCCAGCCCACCACAACCGGCAGAGGUGCCGGACGAGACCGCUUUUGGUACUGUGAGCUCAGUGGCGGAGCAGCUGGUCGGCGCCAUGACCCUGUCCAGGUACCACGGCCACAUCGCGGCGUUCGGUACGAUUGAGACUAGCUCGGUGCCUCCGGUUAGCUUCGACACUGGCGGCUCCGCAGGCGGGAACCACUACCCGCUGGGUCUCAACCCGAUUUCGCAAUACCCCGUCGUCGAAAUCGAUGCCGGCCAGCCGGGGACUGCGAGCCACAGCGAGGUCCAGUUAAGCACAUGGAACUGCCUGGCCUCGAACACGCCCCCCUUUGGUCGCCGUACUUUUCUGCAACCACACAAAGGCCCGCUCGCGGCGCUGGCCGUGCAGAUUAUCUGCUCCUACCCCACCAUGCUGCUGCGAAAAGUAGCGCUGCCGCCAUUCAUGAGCCCAGUCAUGUUUGAGUGGGCACGGUCGGGAAGCACGCUCCGGCUGCAGGUCUGUCCAGGCUCACAUCUCGACUGGUCCCGUUCGUUCGCGUCUGCUGACCGUUUUGAUCGCUGGGAGCUGCUGGCAUCCUUCCAGGCCCUUCUAGUCUACUGCAUUCUGCGCGUCAAAGACGCCCCGCCUGAUCAUGACAGUCUGGAUGCAGCCUUGCUUCGGAUGUGGGCCGCUCAAGACCUGGAGACAUGGAGAUCAGAAGUGAAGAAGGUCACUGAAAAGAACUCAAUCUACGCAGUCUCACCCGAAGGCGAGCUGGUGAAGGUAAUGAUUGACGAAAGCUGUCUCUCGACAACCACAUCUAGAUGGGAAGACUGGACGGCCGAAGUAGGCGAGAUGGGCACACUAGUAAUGACUGUAGGGGCUCUAUUAAAACUUGGCUAUACGGCGCUCGACUGCGGUGCCGAUGCCUACUACGUGACAUCUGUCAAACGACGCCAGUUGAUACCAUGGCUUGAAGAGCGCAGGGAAUGGGAGUCCAUUGGCAAGGGGUAUGACAAGAUGCGGAUCGCAGGCUACCAGAAUGAGUGCUCGGAGAAAGUUCCGCACGUCCACAGCAUUCUCGUGCAGGGCAUCAAGCUAACCGAAGAGGAUUUGACCUUGAUCGAACUCUACACGUUGUUGCAGCCAACGCUACGACGCCUAGAUGAUGGCAUGCUCGACACGUUCCCUUUUAUUCCGAUAACUUUAAUUUCCAUUGGCGAGUGCAAGGUUCGUGUUAUCCAUGGCGCCUUUAACUCGAAUGAAGGACGCGGCCAUUUUCAAGUGUCUCGGCUGAUGCACUUUGACGGGCCUGGUAGCUAUGAGAAUGAGGACUGGCUUCGAAAGGCUGUUCUUAAGAUUAACGAUCGUUGGUAUGGUCGAGAGUUUCGCGCCGUUGCAGUCUAUGGCGCCUGA